AAAGAAGCAGUGUAUGUUGUAAUUAGCGGAGCUAUAUUAUCACGAAAAGCAAAUGCUGUCAUAGACCAGUUUGUUGGAAAGAUUAGAGAUUGUUUAGAUAAAAUAUAUAAUCAAAAUAGGAGUAAUGAUAGCAGAGCUUUG